CUAAGACCAAGAACAAGGAUUUGGACACUGGCUGGCAGACAGUCUUAGCAGGAACUGUACUUUCAUCUCUGGUGCAGGCUACAUGUCAUAAGCAAACAUUUAGGAGGGAAUUCAUCAGGAAAUUGAGUAAUUUCAAUUUACAGUGGACAAAAACCUUGUACCAGAAUAGUUUAAACAAUAUUGCAUUCUUUUUUUACAUUUUUCAAGGGCUAUAGAUAUAAUUAGUUAUCUUUUUUAACACCAAAGACUAUUUCUCAUGGGAGCCCGAGAAAAUAAAUGUCAAAUUUCACAAGAAUUGUGAAAACACGGGUAAAAUUCUGAAAAUUUCAUGUGUAAGAUGUCAUUUUGUGAAAUUUGACAUUCGUUUUUUUCGGGCUCCCAUAAGAAAUUUUCGUUGGUGUUAUUAUAGAUAAAUGAUUACAUCUAUAGCCCUUGAAAAAUGUAAAAAAGAGUGUGAUAUUGUUUAUGUUACAUGUUUUUUUUGUAUUCUGGUACAAGGUUUUUGUCCACUAAAAAUUAAAAUUACUCAUUUUCCUGAAGAAUUCUGUCUUCAAUGUUUUUUAGGAGACUAGGCCUGUUGAUAAUAUUUUAGUGAAAAUUCCUGCGAAGGUGCUUACCCUGUAGGAUUUGGGAUGAUUUUGUGAAAGGUCCUUUCAGUUUCACAGAGCAAGUUGAAUGAUUAAGAUCUUUUCUUUAUAAUAGUCGUCUAGUGAGGGGACAAAGUUCCGUUCAGCUUCAACUCCACAUUCAGUUGCCACUGACCUGACAGCCUUCAGCUCAGUACCUCAAAGCCCACAGAGGAAGGGACAUUGGGAUUUCACAAGACUCAGACCUACACCGCCCCUUAGGCCUGCAUACGCACUGAUUGCUAAGGAGGUAUGGUAAAUGUUACUAAAUAUGGGGGCUGUUUACUUGGAUAGAGGAAGGUACAGGCAACAGGAAAGUCCUAGAAGGUGGAACAACUUUUUGUUGGGUGUACAUGCAGAAAUUUCAGUCUGUGUGGGUACCAAGUAGAGAAGGAAUUGAAAAUGGCAGGCAACAAACAUGCAAUUUGGGCCCUUCUGCUCACUUUUACUAGCGUUAAUAACUACAUUUGAGCAGCAGCUGGCAGUUCUUUACACCAAACGAAAUUGUCAGCCUUUAUUGCAGUGAUUACCCUAUGAACAACCAGUUGCAAUAAAUUUUUGUUUGGUUCGUCUCUAGUGCUAGGAUCUUCCUGGCAGUGGUGGUCCCUCUUAGGACUACCACUGGAUGAUGAAUUAUCUGAUGAUAACCAGUGAUUUUGUUACCUCUGUGUCCUUUGUCCCUGACACAUAAAAAUCCCCAAAGACAAAAAGUAAUUCAGGGCAUGCGUCCCGUAGGAUGCAAAGAAGGAUCGAUCGAUUUGAACAUUUUUUGUAGAAUAUCCCGUUCGUGUGAUUUUUGUGGCUGUUGUUUAAAGAUGUAUUUUUAUUUAUUUUAUGCUAGAUUUUAAUUUCAGAAAACUGUAAUAAAGAGUUUUGGUGUCUGUCUCCCGUUUAUUUGUCUGGUUACAUACACUGUAAAGGCCCACGUAUUUUCAAUUUAGGAAGCCCUGUUUUUUUUUUCAACUGGAACUCAUUGGUUAUGAAUAGGGACUCGUGAUUUUUCACAAUAUUAGUCCCAGGACUCACCAUAACUAUUUGUAACAAAAUCACUGUGAUAACACUAAAUUAUUAUUAUCAAUGUUGCCCUACUUUGCCUUUUUAUUUAUUUCUAUCAAGGACACAUCCACAACUCAUCGUUCAAUGAGAGGCUUACUUCACCCAUCACGAAAAAAACAAGGUGAGAUUGCAAGUUUAUUUCUGUACAGAUUAUAAACAUGAAUCAUUGACAUACAAAAGGUUUGAUCAUUGAGCUCUCGUCUGUAAAUUGAACAUUGCAACCGCUCCAUAAAAUUUAAACUAAGCUCUAAAUGGAAUCUGUAAUAAAAAGAAAGUUUGAAAUAACUACAGAAUACUCAACAUUAAUAGACUAUGUUAAAACAGACUUUUUAAAAGGGUGAUAACAGGGUAAUAAUGCAUUGUUGUAUGGUAGGUUUUAAUGAAUGCUUUAGCAUCUCAUUUUGACAACAUGAUUUAAAUUUUGGAAUUUCAUAAGAGUCGUCCUUGCUAAACAAAGUCUUUACUUAGUUUACCCUUUUGCAGUUGUGACAUACUGAAUUGUUAAUAAUUUUGUCAAAUAAUAUCAUUAUUCGAUGCAAAUUUUUCUUUCUUUCCACUAGCCAAGAGCCCACUAUGAGACCUGCAAAUAACUGCCUACAAAUAAUGGUCUGCUCAUGUGCAAUGUUGUUCCAACUGUGUUUAGCUGCAAAUAAUAUUCUGCUCAUGCGUAAAUGAAACCACGCUUUUCUCCCUCUUGCAAUCACUCUUGCGUGAAAAUGGCUGAUUGUUUCGCUUCCUGAGGAUUUUCACUAAAAACAAACUCGGUGAACGAUUGAUGAAACAAUUAUUAAACUCAGUUAUCACAACAUAUGGUGAUUUGUCAGUGUCGCCCAGAUCAAUUAUUAGCCUUACCCUGCGGCUUCGGCAAAAAAUAAUAUUGAACAACCUGCCACUGAGAUAUCAUGAUAUUUUUCUCAACCUCGUCCAAUAAUUGUUAAUUAUUUUGACAUUAAGAUGUGUUUUAUUAUCAAUAUGCUUCUAUGCACUAUUAAAAGUUCCUUCUACUAAUAUCUCUGAAUUACCCCUCCUUAAGUUAAGUGGUCCAUAAUAACUAUAAUCAGCCAAGGAACAGGAGCCUGCUGCUUCCCCUGACAAAACCAAGUUUGGUGACAGUCCCUAUGCUUCGGGAAAGCCAAAGUGCUAGAACUCACUAGUUUUGACUGUCACGCUAAAGACUGAUAUCUUUUCAGGAGAGGGGAUUUUAGUAUGUGGAAAUAUUUGUGUGAGAUUAUUUGUGAGUCUAUUUUAGCAAACGGUUGAUCAUAUUCAUCCAAUAAUAUUUCUUUUUAAGUGCAGUGCUUUAAAAUUUUUAAUAGCGUAAAUUUGUUAUAUGAAUGAAGAUCAUCACAGUUAUUUAUGUAACUUUUGCAGCUGCAAAAAGAAAGCCUGAAAAAAGAAAAAAAAAUGCGAUGAUCUUCAUUCAUAUAAUUCUUCACUCCACAGUUCACACAUAUGAUUUUCAUAUAUUCAUAACUUCAGUGUAAAUUUGUAUAAAAAUUUGUCAAUCAUUAUUAUUAUGAGCGCGUGUUAAAAAUUAUCUUCCCUUUCCCUCCAAAACUGGUGUAACAUAACACCCUUACCCCCACCCGGUAUAAUGGUUACCUCUCUACAAUGGCCACUUACCCCCCUCCCCCUUGGCCAUUGUAGAGAGGCUCUACUCUAAAAAAAAUCAAAACUAACAUUCAAAACCUGUUUCCACUUCAACCAGCCAUCAUCUCAAGGGCAAGUUUAAAAGGUGAUUAAUGAAUUCUCUUGUAGGUUGUCUUACUCUUAAUCCGCUUACAUCUUUCAAAUCUUGCACUUCUGACUGUAAGUAAUGCCUAAAAUGAAUUUCAUGCUAACUUCUUACUGUCUUGCAAUUCUUGCCUGUCUUUUAAAUGUGUGGAGUUAUAGAUAAAAAUAAAUUGGUGCUUUAAAUAUUUCUCUCUUCUGUAUAAAAAAGUAAUUUGCAAUUAAAAGAUCAGUUGUCUGAAAAUGAUGAAAAAAAGUUAAGGAUAAAAUAGUGUAUUAAAUAUUGUAAAUAUUUUAAGUUAUUGCAAAACUAUCACUUACCUAAAGUGUUGAAUAAACUACAGAGCAACCUUGUUAAUAUUGUGGAAAACUUUUUUAAAAACCUUAUUGUCCUGCUAAUGACCCAAGCUUGACCAAAAUCACUAUCAUUACUGAUAUAUAUAUUAAUUUUCUACCUUCUUUCAUUCUUAAGUGUGGCUUCCAAAAAUUCCUGAAUAAUCUUUUUUGGGGCCUGCAGUUUUUUAGAGGUCUGUGUUGUACCAUGAACAUUCUGUUGCGUAAAGAAACUUCUAUAUUCUUGGUUGCACUGUAGUUCUUUUGAAGUCAUUUUAAACUAUCUUAAGCCAUUCUGUUAUACUCUAAAACAAUUCUUUCCACACAAGCUGCUAUCCUGAAAAUAUGAGAAACUAAUCUUUUGAAAAGAUAAUGAUAUAUAUUUAUAUAAUAAAGUCGAACAGUAAAGAAUAUUGUCAUGAAAAAUCCAAGGUAAUAUGUUUGUUUAAUAGCCCCUCUAAUCAUUCACAGAAUUACUCGUUAUUGUUUGUCCAGGACUGUCGCUAAGAUUUCAAGUUUCUGGGUAAAUACAACAAGUAAAGCGGGAAUCAAACAACUUGGGAUUUGUUGUGGUUCUACUUUUCUUCCAUUUUUUAUGAAAGUAAUCUGGGGUCACCUUCAUAGUAACCAGGGAAUUCCCUGGUCCCCGGCCCAAAACGACAGCCCUGGUUGCCAGGAAGACAGAUAUAAUCAACCAGAUUAUGAUCAGUCAGAUCAUCAUCUUCCAUCUUUCGACCAACUGACUGUCUGUUCAGGCACUUCUAAAGUAAAUAUAUGAUGAUUUGCCCAUUUAUCCAAAUUGGUUCAGAAAUCUCUCUGUGCGUGGCAUCUUGUUACCAUGAAACAAACUAAGCUCUGUAAUUUAACUUCCCUUGAAGUUAUCCAUUGAACAGCAAUUCUGUUCAGGGUUCUCAAUAGAAGGCGGCACCCGGCGAUUAAUCGCCGCUUACUUUGGGAUUUAUAGCCGCUUACUUUGUGUUUAAGUCGCUUUUCUUUGCUUUGUUUUGACACCUCUGGCUUUGCUGAAGAGCCUCCUACUUUAUCAGUGAUCACCUCCUACUUAAAAAUCUAUUGAGAACCCUGUUCUGUUUGACUGACACUUUGGUAUCUACCCAUAACUAUUCCAAUUUUAGUCUUUUUUUUUUUUUCAAGUAAUUUUUGAAAAAAUCACGUUAGAACUGCUACAUAUUUAAUAUGUAAUUUCUUCCAACAAAAUGUUGAAUGGGGUUGAUUAAUUUUAGCAAGGUUAAUAUCUAUAUAUUUAUUGUUAUUGCUUUCAAUCUUAGGUCGAACAAAGAGUGAACUUGAAGAUGACAAACAUGGCAAUUCCUUAGGUAAAAAGAAGUUAACAAUUGCAUUACACUGUAUGGAAGAUGUUUUCCCUUGCUAAUAAUUUUAUCAGUUCUCAUACCCUUUUCUCUUGAUGUCUUGAGGUAUUACAGUGUGACUGCUAUAACCGAGGCCACCUAGACAAAGUUGACCAAUUGGAUUACAGGAAAGUAACAAUACAUUCUGAGAUGUCUGUCAGACAAAUAUGUCUCCUGGGUGUUAUUUGUAAAGUCUCAAACCGAAAAACAUUGUCUGAUGAAACAUUUUGCCUUAUUAAAAAAUGUCUGCUAUCAAUGUUUAAAUUUUGUGCCUCGAGUAACUUAUUGUUUUAUUAUGAGCUGCUGACUGGCCCACAGCCAACUAUGUAUUUUUGUUUUCCUGUAAUCUGAUUGGUCAACUUUGUCUAAGUGGCCUCAGUUACAGUAGUCGCACUGUAAAGGGUUAAAAUUCUCUUUCACUGUUUAAGGGGUUAUUUUUUAUUCUUGACGCGAUUUAAUGGCCAUUGCCUAAUAGCUGAAAUAGGCUUAAUCAUGUGUCACAAAUCCUUUAAUCAACCGCUUUCAGAAUCAGAAGUUUUAUUGUUUGCUAUAUUUCACGUAAUUCUGACCUAAAUGUUAUUUGACAUUAUCUUUUCACGGGCACGUUUCUCUAAACUCUUGAUAAUUAAUGGGCCUGGAAAGCUGUUGUUGUUUACAUUCAAGAUCAAAUUUUCAAUAGUUUUCCACAUAACAUGAUAAAACUAUCAGCUGACAAAACAAAAUGGACUGAUUGGUUAUCUAGGACCUGUGCUUUUAUUCUGUAUAUUAUUGAUUUGAAUAUUUGAUUAUGGGCUGGAAAAUUUACUGGGACUUUUGAGAAACAGGCCCAGGUCCUUAGCUAACUGCAGUUAAAACUCUUUUUUUUUUUCUUUUUUUUUUCAGGAAACACUCGCGUUUUAGAAGAAGACAUGCUUAUUCUGCGAGUCGUAGAAGCUUAUUGUACAAGCGCAAGAGCUAGGCAUACACUGAAUAGUAAGUUUCAUGCAGUGACUUUGUAAUAAUUCAUGUUGCAAUCAAAACGGGAAAUAUGGUGUCACAAGUGGGAUUGUAACCUGUAAUCAAUUUUUAGCACUGGCUUCUGAAAUUUUGGUACUCAUCAGCUUUUACCACUUUGAUUUAGAGGUCUAAUGAAAAAAUCUCUGAGCUCCUUUAGGAAUGUGCUUGGUCCAAAAAACCUGAAUAACAAACAAAAUGCAUCAUCCGAUUUUAUAGUUCCGGUUACAAGAAUUGCUGUCAUGUUUCCUUAGACAAGAAACUUUGCACAGGGUUUAUACGGGCUGGAAAGUCAUGAAAUUUAAGAAUUUCCUCUUCCAGUCCUGGAAAGUCAUGGAAUUUAUUAGUCGGUGGUGGAAAGUCAUGGAAAAUUAAACUACGUUUGGUAGAUUGGUUUACUUCAAAUGUCAAACGAAGGACAAAGUAAGAUAGAGACAAGUAAUUUAAUAGCACGAACAGCACAUAUUUUUGUGAAAAACAGAGUUUGUGUCUGUUGAACUAAGUUACAUAGGUAAAAAAAAUGCCAUGAAACAAGGAUAGCUUGGAAAAUGUUUAAUAGUCACAGCCAAACAUAAAGUCGUAAAAGAGGUCAUGGAAAAAGUCCUUGAAAGUCAUGGAAUUUGAAGAGGUGAAAAAAGUAGGAACCUUGCUGGCUCCACUUGUCUCUCCCUUCACCUCUGCACAGUAUCAGCGACAUACUGCUGAGUACUCCUGAGAUGGGCUAGCUUCCCCUCCAGUGGGGAGUCGUCAUUCUCCUAGGUACUUCUUACCAUGGAAAAAUAGUUAAGCUCAGGCCAUGUAGGCUUCCUUGGCUUGUAUGCACCUUUAGCAUUUUAGAAAAGAGGUGGAUAGUUUUAUUUCCAAAGAAGAGACUGUUGUUUACAUGGUUUCUCUUUUUUCCCAAGUUUAUGAUGUUAAGCAUUAUAAUAGAGAAAACACAUGUAAUGAGCAAUGCUGUAUGUUGUAUGACACUGUUCUUUGCUGCAAAACUCAUGGUAUCCUGUGUUAUGUUUUAUUCAAUAGUUCUUUACAAUGUCCGAAAUGACAACAUGUAAUUUUAAUGCUCACCAGUAUUUCAAGCAAAAUUUGUCCCUUGUUGUAUACCUCUGUCCAAUUCUGGGGAUUGUAGUUAAUAACAAUAUGGUACUGCACUGGAAAUUGUGGAGACAGUUUAGCUAAUGUAUGGUACUGGUUGACCCUGGUUUAGGUUGAUCAGCAUCAAACUUGUUCUGGUAUUAUCGGUGCUUUAUAAAACAGAGUGGUUUGAACAAUUAAGAAUAUUACACACAACAGAAAUUUGCUCGACAACUUCUCUCCAUUACCUCUGCAGGAAAUGUGUGGGAGCAUCAAAAAGGGAAUUGAAAUUUUGAUUUAAGGCCAGGGUUUUCAGUGUGGUGCGAGAGUAAUGGCAACAUUGUUUUGUUGAAUUUCAGAAACAAAGCCUGCUUGAAAUGAAUACUUCAUUGAAUUUAAUUAAAAAGUCAAUCCACUAGGCUACUUUUUUGAUAUUUGCUAUUUUGUUUAUUAUUAUUAUUAUUAUUAUUAUUAUUAUUAUUAUUAUUAUUAUUAUUAUUUUGGCUAAGAGUUUGGGAUGAUGAGAGGCAAAAUUUGUUUGUUUGCAUUAACUUUUACUUUGAUUCGCAGUUCAGAGAGUUUUUUUUUUUCCAUAGGUAAAAUUUUAAUAUAGACCGAGAUGAACUUUUCUUAUUUUGUACAGUUUUUACUGUGCUCCUGCCAUAAAUUUGAAAAGAUUCAGUCAUAAUUUAUUGGCUUUGCUUUCCAGUACAUAGUUGUUCUGAAAGCUACACUCAUGAUUGUAACAUUAGAAAUUGGUGCUGUCACUGGUUUAUAAUUCUAGUAACUUUCAAACUUUGUAUCAUACUGUCCAUGAAAAUUAUUAGUAGUAGCAAAAAAUCACCUCUCUUUGGCUGAAAUAGAAUUGGAAUGAAACUGAAGGGAAAAAUAAUGGUUACUGCUGCUAAUAAUUCUAGUUGUUAUCAAUGUAUUGUUCUUGAUAACUGGUUGCAAUCAAUAUUUGAUUGAUCAUGAUGAGUGGAAGAUCAUUUAUAAUAAUUUUGUUGUCCACAACAUUGAUGCUGAUUUUACUGAAUAACAGUGACGUAAGAUCUCAACUUAUUCAUAAAGAAACACUCAGUGGUUGUCAUCAGUAUUGUGCUUUUCUAAAUGACAGCGUUGUCUUAGGCACUAAUGUAUAGUUUUCGUUUGCUGAAAGUCUUGCACCUUCUUGUAAAAAUUAGCCUGGGGUAUUUUCAUUAACUAUGUGCAAAAGCUAAAAGCUGACUUGUAAAAUUUAUUUCAAAUCUUAUCAUAAACUUGAUUGUCAAUGUUGUACUAGGUUUGGGUUUAUUAAAGUUUUUCAUUCUGUGUACCACUGUUGUGUUACCAUUUUAUCACAUUCAUUUCUUCCAUUUUUGUUUUUAUACCCUGCCUCCCAUCACUUUGUUGCAUAACUACAUCAAUCACUUUUCUGCUGUUUAAGUUUGUCAACUAAGUACAUGAGUUUGGCUAAAUGAGUGUCUCAUGGAGAAUCUAGAACACAAUUCACAGCCAUUGAAACAAGGCUUGGUUGGAUCAUCAUUGCUUUUGUUUUCAUGUUUUCGGUCGAUGCAAAAGUUUUGUAAGUUUUUUUAAAAUUUUUAUGAAAACAGAUACUCGAGACCUGGCACUGCAAUAAAGCACUUCAAUAAAUACUAUUGCUGUAAUGCACUUGAAGUUACAAAGACUAUAUUUACACUGCACUAGACUUUAUAAAUAUUGCUAGUCACUCCACAUUUUUCGCAUGCAAAAUAGAGGUAAAUUAAAGAUCAUACAAUACGUCUUACAGAGGUGACACCCUCACCAGACUCGAGUUUUUGUGAAAACAUGCCCUGAAGGUAUAACAAAUAUGAAAUCUUAGAAUGUGAUCCUUUUCUUGUGUGCAUAUUUUGUGCUGUUCUGCAUCCCACAUAAUAUUCAGCUGUGUACAUCAUGUCUUAUUUGCCAUAUUUAUAAUUUGCACUGAAUCACUCUGUAGUCACCGAUAACUUGCACUUGAAAAAGUUUUUCCUCCUGAAAUUUCACCUAGCCAAAGUGGACUAAAACUUCUUAUAAUGUAAUGUUACUCCUUAAAUUGCAUGUGUCGUGUUUUUGUUCUAACUUCUAACCUGUAAUUUAAACUCUGAUUCAUACCUUUAAUAUAGAUUUUAAAUCUUUGACUUCUUUAAGAGCCUAAUUUCAAUUUUUUUAAAUAUAAUCAGAACUGUACGAGAUCAUUCAGAUCCAAAUGUUGCCACUGCCUUGUGCAGCUUGACAGUAACACGCAAAGGUAACACUCUUGGGCUUAAGCCACAGACUCAGAUUUCAUCACCACAUGAAAUAACCUGUUUUAUGUGGCAACACUCGAGGAUUGCAUACAUCAACCCAGAGACUUUAAGAGUUCCAACCAAAACUCACAGCUCAACAUCUGCCCUCUGAAGUGAAAGGACUAGUGUCUUAGUAAAUAAAUAUCUUUAGUGACAAGUCAGGCGUCAUAUUCUAAGUCUUUGUUAUACCUUCGUUGUGUGUGCAGAAGACGCAAAAAAUUCCCAUCACAGCGGUCUUGCCGAAGACGUUGCUAAUGAUGAUGAAAAUGAUGAAUCAAUUCAUUCAAGUCGUCCACGAGGUGCCAAGAUCUUGGCACAUGGCUGCUGCCCGGGAUUAGUCAGCAAGAGUAGAUUGUACACAUAUUAAACUCUGGACUAAAGGAGUCUUCUGCAUUAGGCUUCUAAAAUGUCCAUAUAAAACACUGGCGUUACCUUAUGAUAAGAAGGCUACCCUAAGUAGCUUUCAUUUGCAUGGUUGCACUUAAAGAUUUGAUUUAUAAAUUAAGUUGCAAACAGGAGAAGCAGGUAGCAGAUUAAAAUAUAUCAAGAAGUUAGUGUUAUGACUUCUGACAUUUUGAGAAAAGAUUCUAAAAUACCUUUAUUUGACUCCAAGCCAUGGAGAACCAGGCAAAAAUAAGAAAGGUGCACAUACAAUUGUCAGAACUUGUAUGUUAUGUUAAUGACUUAAUGUCAGUUAAUAAUAAUUAUUUAUUAUUACUGGUAGUUUUAGAUACGCUAUGGAUCCCACUCACUAGAAAACGGGAAGUGUACGAGUUAAAAAUUCUAGAAUCAGAACUAAAAUGUACAUGACACUAUAACACAGCAUGCAGCAGGGUUAAAUACUGCUAUUUUUUAGUUACUGGCACAUUAUUUUCAAGCAAUAUAUUUUUUAUUUUUUGAAUUACAAAAUGUUUCAUGUUGGCCUUUUAGAUUCUAUUUACUUUUAUUUCCUUUUUUUAUUGAAGGAGUUCAAUAUUAAAUAUGUAUAGAAAUAAAUCAGCAUUAUAAUAAGAGGAAGAAUGAAAUCAAUGUGAAAGCAAUAUCUGACUGUGAGUGACAGUGAUAAAAGUAUCAUAUCUUGAUUCUACUGGGAAGGGUUGACAGUCCUCGUUGGUGACAGGCCAUUUUGUGCGUUAGAGAGAGUAGGUUAGAUGUAAACUUAGCAGAAAUCUGAUGAUCCUACUUCUUUACCAUGCAGUUUUGGCUACGAAGGGUUUCAAUAUAAAAAUUAUAACCGUAGUAGCAGCAGGUGAAGUGAACCAGCAAACAUUUUAUAUCUUGUUGGUAGUCACUUCACUAGUAAUAGUAUAUUAGGAUAUUUAACGCGAUAGUGCAAGUUGUGUGUGAUGAAAGAGGUACAUAGCUGAUGACAGCUUUGAGUACUCAUUGUUAAUAAUUAUUUAGAUCUUUUUACAUGAAGAAAUAUUCAUUAGAUUUGGUACUAUUUAUUGGAUAAUUUAUUAUAUUUGACACUAACUAACCUAACCUGUAAUCAGGCCAGAUUUUACAUUGUGUAUUAUUGUUUGUGCUGCCUUCCCAUGUGUUUGGGAACUUUUUGACCGAAUGGAUGGAAAAAGAGAGUCUGAUUGCAGGUUACCGGUAUCUUGAUAAAAAAGUUUCAAUACUUAAAUUAGAAGAGCAUCAUUAUGAAAUACGGCUUAUUAGCAUUACGAGAAAUAUGCACAUACUGUAUAUAUUGUAAAUAAUGAAUGACUUUGUACCAUUAUGGUUAGAAAUAUCGGCUACUCAAUAAAGAGUCAGAAAUUAUUACAUACUUUACAUGCAUAUUGUACAUGUACAAUAUAGAGGAUAUGACAUGGCCGCAAGGAGACACGAAAUUUCGCUUUGAGUGUUGGAAAAAUAUUUCAUGAAUGAGCGCAGUAAACAAUUUAAAUAUUUUUGGACACAAGAAGAGAAAUUUCGUAGCUCCAAGAAGCCAUGUAAUGUUUUAUUUAUUACAUAAACACCAAUGAAACACCAAACCACUUUUUGUGUGUGAAAGGUGCUGUGUAUUAUGUUGCUAUAGCAAUGGUGAUCUUUUCACUUGUGAGGACAACGUGUAAUUUUUUCAUGUGAAGCUAUAAUGUUUUUGCACGAAAGCUCACCUUGUAUUUCAUUGGCGUUUAUAUAAUAAAUUAUAACAUCUUGAACAGUACUACUAGCAAAGGUAAUCUAUUACAAACAAGUGUUGUGAUAGCUGGUGUAGCUGAUGGCAUUGGGUCCAUGAGUGCUUUGUUUCAAUCAAAACUGCUUUUUUUGACAGUUUAGUCCCGAGGAGAAAUUGACAUGAUUAAAGUUCAUUUUAACUCUUGAAAUAGCCACCUGUCAAAUUCCCUUGCUGUCUACAAUUUCCUCCACCCAUAAAAAGCUCUUUUUCACUCAUGAGGCCCUGUUAGGGUUAAAUUCAGACAAGCGACAUAGCCUUGAAACAGUGACAUAAGACAGGUGAAAUGGCGACAAACAACAUGAAGAUGGGUUAAAACUGCGACUGUGACAAAAUGGGUUGAAACUGACAGCGACGAGGAAAAUCACAAAUACAAUGGUAACAUGUCAAUAGCAACAUAGCCUCCUCUCCAAUAUGCGAAACGACCAACUAAGGGCAGGUAUGCCCCCUUAAAGGGCCUCAUUCCUGCCCUCCCUUGCUGUACCAGUUACACCAGCUGAUCUUGCAACCUUUCUACACGCCACCGAGCGUGUCAAAUGGUCUGAUAAGGAAAUACUUAACAACACCACACCUGGCAAUGAGAACUUUCCACGUUUUGAAGUCCGUGAAUUCACAAGCAGCAAUUAUUUUGAGGAUGUCUGCCCAAAAGUUUAGCUCAUUUUUCUUCUCUACGUCACACAAAGUUAAGAAAUAAUCAUAUUGAUAACUAUCCUCUUGUACAUUAAAUGUUUUCGUUUUUUUUUCACCGUAAGAAAUGCACCUUAAGAAAAAUAAGUAUUGUAACAAAGUAAGUACUCUCUAUAGUCAAGGUGGCUCCAAAGAGUGGAUGAUAAAUCUAGUAAUAUGCACCUUAGAUGUCUUUUUAGAGAACCAAAAGUGUGCCUUUAUAAGCAAGUUACCUGAUGGAAAUAUCUUUGACCUUUCAUUUAUUCCCAUUAUUUUGGCUACACGGUUUCACCUGUAUGCUGUCCUUAUCCUUCAUUAAACCCUCUCCCUGCCCUCUGCUCCCCCCCUACAGAAAACCGAUUUUGUCCUUUUGCUCUCUUUGUAUGCUCCCUAUUUGAAAUUUAGGCAUCGUAGCACAAGUAAUGUUUCUGAUUUGCCUUACAAUACAGACACACAAAGGACCAAGGCAGUUUCAGGUAUUCAAAGCAAAACACUUCUUUCUUUUCAUUACAGCUUGUAGUCUGAAGGUUGAUAGGGCGUUGUAGUUUAGUGCAAGUGAUGUCUUUGGCCAGAUAGAGGGAACGGGAAAGGGAAGGUGUCGUCUGGGGUGUGUAAUCCUGUUGUUUCCUGAGGUACUGGGAUGCUUAUAACCUUUUUAAUGCUUAGCCUCCCAGAGUCUCUUUUGAAGGCUUAAGACUAACUUUAUUUGUCGAGUCUCGGCACGAAUGUGCAAGGAUUGGCCUUCUAAUUGAAAGCUUUUCAUAAUACUUUUAUUCGUUUUCAAUGUCUAUUUUCUUGAAUUCUAUUCUGGGGUACAAAGUACAUCAUAAAAAGACUUUGUCACUGGUCUGACUCCUUGUCAACUUGAAAGUUGGUAUAAUACGGUUCAUCUUUUAGCUGCGCAGUUUUUGUUACGUUUUAUUUCGUCCUAAGUUUGUGUUACACGGACUAAGUUUUGUUUUGGUAAUGGGAACUGAUAUUUUGUUUUGGAAAAACUUGCUGAGAGUGGAUUAUCCUUUUGGCCUUGACAAUACCCUGUCAAAGUUUGAAAGUCUAAAAUAGUAACGAGGAAAUUCUUCUUCUUUUCUCGUAAUCCACUAUACAAUAUAUAAACUAAAGAAUAAUUUUUGUUUCCCAAGCUUCCGGUGUUACACUUGCAUGGUGCUGAGGGUGGAAAGAAUCAAACCACAUGAAUUCGUAUCAAAAUACCAUCUUUUCUGUACAGUUUCCCUGGGCUUUGUCAAUGGAGGGACCCACUUUUCAAAUAGCGCUUGAAAGUGCCUUGGGUGGCUUUGUAAUGCAAAUUAGAAGAGUCUUAUUAAGUAACCUCUAUCUCUGGUUCGUUUCAUUAGGACUUUUUGCUUAGCAAAGCAAACUUUGUUAACUCUUUGUGCCCUUUUGUGAAUAUUUUCACUGAACUGAAAAAUAAUGCAUGUAUUUUGUCUAGAGAGUUUGUGGUAGAGGGAAACGGUUUUUUAGAAAUUUUUCGUGAGACGCAAAUGUUUGUCUCAGUUUCUUUAUUUCUGCUUUGGUAAGAAGUUUGUAUUGUAUUCAGUUAAUUUAUGCUGGUGUUGAUGAUUAUCAUUUGUGUUAUGAUAAACCACCGUAAUCAUAGUAAGUUGCAUCACACAGCUUAAUAUCCUUAAAAUAACUAACGAAAAUUUCUCAUAAUUACAAGGUGAAUAAUUUACUUCUUAAGUUUCGAUCAAGUUAUGAUGCAUGAUAAUCACUAAUAUGUAUUCGUGAAUUAAAUUUUAUAGGUUAUAUAAACAUUGUUUCUACUGUUGAAAGUUCACGAUUAAAUUAUUAUUAAACUUAACUCUUCAGAAACUGAGCUAACGCAGCAGUAACUGUUCCUUUUCCUGAAGUUUUUUUAAGUCAAGAAGGUCUUUUUGCAGUAGAUAAAAUUAAAUUUGUUGGUUUUUAAUCAUUAUUUUGUGAAUGAUAUUAAAUAAGCUGUAAAUUGUAGUUUUUCGAUCUACAAAUCAUCAUUAUUUCAAGUUGACCUAAAGAAUAUAUUAAAACGAGUUGUUUUAAUGAAAACGUUUACCUCCUGACUAUAUGUCUUUACUGUUAGUGAAUCCCCUUUAAAGAUCCGAUAAAUAAACUGUAAUGGUUUAUAAAUGCAUAGGGCUGCACGUAAUUGUCGUGAAUUACUAUAAUCUCCAAUAACCUUAUGACAAAAUUAAUUUUCUUAAAUUCAUAUAAAUCACUGUCCCAGUUUAAAUUGUGCAUGACUUAAAACAGUGCAUGAGUCCCCUUGUUCCACCAUUCAAUUCACAGGUAGUCCAAUUCUUCCAGAGUUACCCCCUCACCGCCCAUCUUCAACCUCAAGUCUGAAGGGAGAUGGGCUAAAAACAAGGAAAUCAAAGAAAAAGUUUAAUAGGUGAGCUUAGAAGUUCUAACUGUACUUUAAGCUUGCUUAUCAUAGUUUGCCUAAGUAAAGCUUUUUUUUCGGAUUUCGCAUAAGGUACCACUGACUGUUUAAAGUCCUGACCUCUCUAGGACAAGAGAAACCCCCCAAGUACCUUCAACGUAUAGGGGAACAACCUAGAAACCAAAACUGUCUUGGAUUCCCACACAUUGAGCGAUUCAGCAGUUUCUCCUGAGUGUUGUACCCUUUUGUAAAGGUUGAUAUACUUUCUGGCUUUGAUGCUACAGUAUACUCUGCCCAAAACAGAUAUCCUCUAACGAGCUUUCACUUCCCAUCACUAUGCUGUUUUUUGGCAGCUAUUAGAAAUAAAUAGACUUUGCUAAUCACAAGUUGUGUGUGUGUUUUUUUUUUAACUAAACGCUAUUACAAGUCAAGUGUUCUAUUUGUAUGAGGUAAGCUGGGAUUUUGCUUGCGAUCCCACAGUAAACUGUAAAGGCGAGAUAUUACCCUGAAUUGUUAGUCUUUGAUUGAAAUCACAUUGUGAAACUAUUCUAAUGCAACCUCAGCGAAAUUCCCUGACCUGGUGCACUUUAUUUUUGUGUAUUCCACUCAUGGAAUUUGGUAGUAAUUUUCUAUCGAUGACCUUAAGUAACACUAGAAAUAAAGUAAAAAGUUAUAGUUAAUGCUUAUCCUAACCCAUCCCAGGUAAUGUGUGUUUUAAAUCGCUAGAGUAUAUCUCAAAUAAUUUAGUGUAAAUUCGUUUAUUUUCUUACAUGACAACUAUCUGUUUUUGUCCAUAGGGAUGUAGUUGGUGAAUUCAACUGUCUACGAAGGAGAGUGGAAGAACUACAACUGGUACGUGAAAUCCAUUAAACCCUUGAUGUAAAAGUGUCUUAUUUCUCAUAAUAGCAAAGUUUAAUUAAACUUGGAGUUCACGAGGAUAUAGCAAACUUAGCAGCCUCACGUUUUAAACAAAUUUUAGUUCUGUAAAAUGUGUGGGAGAUGGUGUAGAGAAUGUUGGUUACAAACUUGUAAAACAUGUCGGUCCUAAAUUUCACCUUUUACAAAAUCGUAUUUGCAGUUGGACAUGAUAAAACGCCAACGUUUUGGACCCCCAAAUUCCAUAGUGAUGACGUAAAUCUGUCCAUAAUCUGCUUAGUAUUACCGUUUAAAGGUCUCAAAGAUCAAAUAUACAAGGCACUCAAUCCUCCAACAAACACUCCUUCCCUUGUAAUAUAUUUGCUCUUCAAGAAUUAUUUCAGAUUUUCUGGCACAAAUUUAGAGUAGCAACAUUUUGCAAUCACGAGAAAGAGAAUUUCGAACAAAUUUAUAUUUUGAAACUCUGUGAGUACUGGUUUAUUUAUGUUAAUAUUGAUUUGCGUCAUCACUAUGAAAUUUGUGAGGCUAAACCUUUCACAUGUCUAACGAAAGAUCCCCAGUGAAGAGGAGUAGGAAGAGGAAGAUGACUUCACAGACAAAAUCUAAUUACUCGGUUACGAUGCUUAUUACAUUAAAUCUUAUUAGAAUACUAAAAAGAAAAAAGGACGAAAAAGCAACAACAGUUACAAAAAGAUUGAGUGCCCUUUGGUCUCCCUCCUUGUAUUAACCUGUCUCCUUGCCCGGGGAGGAUAGUCCCUAUAGUGGCCUAUACGGAGAGGCUCCGCCCAAAAGGGGUACCUUUUUCAGGCCUCAGAUGUAGGAAAGGGUAGGGAUUUUACGAGAUGAAGUAUAUGAAAGGAUAGGGAAAUGUGUCUUUUCCGUCUGUAAAAAGACCUAAAAGAGCUAAUAAGAGAAAUUAUGGCUAUGAAAAAGGUGAAAAGAUUUCCUGGUACUGUGAUUUCUUUUUCAUAUUUAAAAGACAGUGCAUCUACAGCAGUUAAAAGGGGUACAAUGGUUCUAACUAGGUAUGUGAAAGGAGUACCAUUUGGCAAUGGAAGGUAUACCCAAAGAGGGCCCUUUUCUGUCAAAAAUGGUAUGUAAAGUGGUAAGGUGUUGGACCUCGGGGAGGAGCCUCCUCGUAUGAAACGUUGUUGAGUACCCCCCUCCCCCCCCCCGGGCUGUAUUUGAAAGCUUCCCAGGCUUUGGUUGGCCUCUGAGUUCAUUACAUUGCUUCAAUUAAAUGAAAUAUUUCUCCAUUGAUGUUAUUUUCCCCCUAGGAAACUGAAUCUCUCCGGAAAAGCUUGCUUGAGGAACAGGAUGCACGGAAAAAGAUGGAAAAGUUUAUUCGUUGUUCAUUGAAAGGAGUUAUUCCCGAUGUCAAGUGGGAGGACAUUGACAAAAGCUAG